AUGUUUAGAUGCCUCACUGCAGCCCUCCUUCUUGGGCAAUCUCUUGCCUAUGAUACGGUUCUUGGCUUUAAUUCAACUCCAUUAGUGGAAACUCGUUCACUUGAUGAGAUUUACCACGCUGCACUCCUAGAAGGGGGGACCGUUACAGUCUGGCACGGCGGCGACGAAAAAACACAACAAGAAUCUCUCAAAGCGGCUUUUGAGAAUCGCUUUCCCGGGAUGAUGCUGAACAUUACCGUGGAUCUUUCCAAGUAUCUCGACGGCGAGAUUGAUCGACAGCUGUCCAACAGCAAUGUCUACGUCGAUAGCAUAAUCCUCCAGACACUACAAGACUUUCCUCGUUGGCAACAGGAGGGGGCCUUGCUCAACUACGCACCUGUCGGGUUAGAGAGUGUAUUUUCGGCAUUCAAAGACCCUCUAUCGGCAUCCUGGUACGGGUACAGUAUUUUCUUCUGGAGUAUCUCCUGGAAUACUGAAAAGCUACCCCACGUGGGGAACAUAUCUUCCUACAACGAGCUCUUAAAGCCAGAGUUCAAGAAUCAGCUUGUCCUCACAUAUCCGAAUGAUGACGAUGCUGUUUUGUUUGCCUUCUAUCAAAUCAGACAUAGCAUGGAAGUGCUUGGAACAAAAUGGUUUGACGGCCUUUUGAAUCAGAAUCCCAGAUGGGUUCGAGGAACUGCCACUCCUCUUACUGUUCUAAGUGAAGGCAACUCUACUCAGUCUGUGACGUUCACAAGUUUUGGUGGAUUUUCCCCUGGUGAGAACGUCAACAUCAACUUCCCGAAUGACGCGAAUUUUGUCAGUUGGCCGCAAACAGCGGCAAUCCUUAAGAACGCGCCACACCCCGAAAGCGCAAAGCUCUUACACAACUAUCUCUUGAGCCCCGAGUACCAAAGUACAAUCAGUUGGAGUGUCCGACAAGACAUCCACCCUCCCAACUCUACUUAUCCUGAUAUAAUGCACAUGCCUCAUACGAAUCCAACGUCAUUUGCUAGGUUUAUGGAAGACCGUGUAACGGUGGAACGGUUGCGGUUUUUCUUUGAGAGUCGGUUGGGCACGGCGCAAGGCUUGAGCCCUUUAAUCGACGAUAUAUAA